AUGGCGGACGCGACCGCGCGCGUCGUCGGAACGGUGAAGUGGUUCAACGCCACGAAAGGGUUCGGGUUCAUCGCGCCGAACGAUGGGAGCGAGGAGGUGUUCGUCCAUCAGAGCGCGCUCGAUAUGGGGGGGUUCAGGAGUCUUUGGGAGGUGCGGGGGGCGGAACUAGCCGGCGAAACGAACCGGCGCAUUUUCGAUCUUUCAGAGGUUUGCGACUGA